AUGGCGACCCUAACCAACGACCAAAUAAAAGUCCUCGAACAAUCCCGGCAGCGACUAGCCCAACUCACCCGCUCACUGGGCUCUCUAAUCGCAAGCCUAAACCAAAGCGACCCGCUCCCACCCUGGUCCUCCCUCCAAUCUCAAGCAAGCAUCAUCUCAAACAACCUAAUCAGCGUCUCCGAACAACUCUCCGACCACCGCGAUCUCCUCUCAACACUGGUAGCCUAUCCAGGCCCCGAAUACCCAGGUCGCACACAAGCCAACACCCUCGAACAACUCCUUCGCACAAAACUAGACCCCCGAGUCGAAGACUGGGUUGAGCGCGGCCGCAUCGCAGGAACAGAGAAACCACCACCCGACACCUUCGCAAUCGCGAAUCCGAGUCUCGCGGCGACAGCGGCGCAGAAACAGUUGACGGAGGCCGAUCUCGCGGAGUUGUGGGAGUGGGCACCCAUUGAAGCAAACGAGGAGGCUAGACGGAGGAAUUGGGGUGGGAAUUUCACGCUUGAGGAGCGGGAGGCGGGGGUUCAGAAUGUUGUUACAGGGUUGAGGAAGCAAUUGGAAGAUGACGAGGAGGAGGAGGAUGAAGAAGAGGACGAUGAGGGCGAGGAUGAGAUGGAGAUUGUCGGUGUUCAUCGGAAAUCUGGAGGGAAUGGGGUUGAGUUUGAUAUUGCGCCUCACCAUGCGCAUCCCGUUCAGCCGGUUGUGCCGUUGAGUGAUAUCUUGCGGUAUAUGACUACGGGUCGCAUGUCCUAA